AUGACCACCUGCAGCCGCCAGUUCACCUCCUCCAGCUCCAUGAAGGGCUCCUGUGGCAUCGGUGGUGGCUCCAGCCGCAUCUCCUCUGUCCUGACUGGAGGCUCCUGCAGGGCCCCCAGCACCUACGGGGGUCUGUCGGUCACCUCCUCCCGCUUCUCCUCCGGGGGAGCCUGUGGGAUGGGGGGCGGCUAUGGCGGUGGCUUCAGCAGCAGCAGCAGCUUUGGAGGGGCUCUAGGUGGUGGAUACAUUGGUGGCCUUGGUGCUGGCUUUGGCAGUGGAUUUGGUGUUGGCGAUGGCGGCCUCCUCUCUGGCAAUGAGAAGGUGACCAUGCAGAACCUUAAUGACCGGCUGGCCACGUACCUGGACAAGGUGCGUGCCCUGGAGGAGGCCAACGCUGAUCUGGAAGUGAAGAUCCGAGACUGGUACCAGAGGCAACGGCCCAAUGAGAUCAAAGACUACAGCCCCUACUUCAGGACCAUUGAGGAUCUGAGAAGCAAGAUCAUUGCAGCCACUAUUGAGAAUGCACAGCCCAUUCUGCAAAUCGACAAUGCCAGGCUGGCGGCGGAUGAUUUCAGGACCAAGUAUGAACAUGAGUUGGCCAUGCGGCAGAGCGUGGAGGCCGACAUCAAUGGGCUGCGCAGGGUGCUGGAUGAUCUGACUCUGGCCAGAGCUGACCUGGAGAUGCAGAUCGAGAGCCUGAAGGAGGAGCUGGCCUACCUGAAGAAGAACCACGAGGAGGAGAUGCUUGCCCUGAGGGGUCAGACCGGCGGCGAUGUCAAUGUGGAGAUGGAUGCGGCCCCUGGUGUGGAUCUGAGCCGAAUCCUGAAUGAGAUGCGUGAUCAGUACGAGCAGAUGGCAGAGAAGAACCGCAGAGAUGCUGAGGCCUGGUUCCUGAGCAAGACCGAGGAGCUGAACAAAGAAGUGGCCUCUAACAGCGAGCUCAUUCAGAGUGGCCGCAGCGAGGUGACUGAGCUCCGCAGAGUGUUCCAGGGCCUGGAGAUCGAGCUGCAGUCCCAGCUCAGCAUGAAAGCAUCCCUGGAGAACAGCCUGGAGGAGACUAAAGGCCGCUACUGCAUGCAGCUGUCCCAGAUCCAGGGCCUGAUCGGCAACGUGGAGGAGCAGCUGGCUCAGCUGCGCUGCGAGAUGGAGCAGCAGAGCCAGGAAUACAAAAUCCUGCUGGACGUGAAGACCCGGCUGGAGCAGGAGAUCGCCACCUACCGCCGCCUGCUGGAGGGCGAAGAUGCCCAGUGA